AGAACUCAUCAUCAAAGCUACGGAGUCUGGUGGGUGUUUCUCUCCCGACAUCCUCAAUUUUCUGGAGCCUUUUCUCCAAAGAUCAUUCCUUUCUAAUACAGCCAUCUUCAAUGGCAAAUAAAAAAACCCAAUUUUCAAUUGCAUCUUUGCUGUAACAACGUGAUAUCCUGAAAGGGGAUGGAUGGUCUGUGAUUUUAUCAUCCAAAGGCUUCAUACUUGAAGCAAUCACCUUUAACAUGACUGGAAUAAGCAGAUCUCAUUCAAAUUCGAGAAAUUCUCACUUUCCGCAGAUGGGUUUUCGUUUUUGAGUGUUCUAUCUCAUUCUCUUGUUGGGUUUUGCAGGUUAGAUUUAUUUUCAUCCCUGAUUUGAUUGUUUUUAUUGAGUCAUUUAAAAAGUUAUUCUUUUGAUUGCGUUUCCAAUGACUUUUUGUUCUUUUUAUUUUUUUAAUAGAUAAUCUUCAUUGCUUAAUUAGAGAUUCUGGGUGUUCUUGGGGUUCUUCGAUUAUGGAUUUGAUGCUCUUUAAGUGUUCAUUUACUUGUUUAAAAAUUUAUUCCUUUGAUUGUGUCUGCAAUUGUUCUUGCCUGGUUUUGUUUCAUGAUAGUUGUUUGUAUCUUGAAGCUUAAGAGCUGUUUUUGGUAUUUUCAUGGUUGAUCCCUGAUUUUGGGACUUUAGACUAUGGUUUUGAAGCUUUUAAGUGCUGUUCAUCAUUAUUUGUUCUAGCUUCCUAAGAGAAUCAGAUUCUGUGUACAUGUGAUGAUUUUUGAUGGUUUGAUUCAAUUAUGAAAUCUACCAAGAAACUCAAGGUUGAUCAUGUAGAUUUUCAAGGAUGAGAUAUUGAUUUCAAGGCUUCAUGCUGGUUGUUGCAGAUUUGAAUUCCAGUUCUUUGUUGCUUCCUCUUUUUAAUCUGAUAGUUGCUGCAGCUAGUUCAGUGGUGAAUCCUCAAGUCAAGUUUAAUUCAUGGGAUUGCUAUUACAUGAAACUGAAGUGAAAUAGGGUGAUGGUGGAAUCAGUUAGCAAAUUAUAAUUAGUUUCUUUAAUAUGUUGAAUAAGAUUGUUAUAGCUAAUCGCUCUAGUCUCCCUAUAUUCUUAUUGUUAUAAUUUUCCUUUUUUUACUUUAUAAAGAAAGAUAAAUAGUAAUGUAAUGAUUUAAUGAACCAAACAUACGUCUCUGAUUUUGGGUGAUAAAUCAAGUGGAAGGGAUCACACCCUUUUCACUGUCUAUGGAAGAUUAUUCCUGCAGCAUCAGCUUAUGGUGAGGAACACAAUUCCAGGCUGGGGUUAGCCAAAAACAUUGUACCAGGAGCUGUACUCUGCCCUAAACCAGCAAGGAAGUCAUCACAGCUAUCUCCAAAUCUAAGUACAGCCUGUACGAAAUUCUCUCUUCCAUCACCCAUGAGGUCAAUGGUCAUAUAGAAGGAGCGGAGCUUCAAUCUUUGCUGCUUGUAUCACAGUUAUGAUGUGGGCUCCUCAGGGCAUUCAAGUUUUUCCGUGCCAUCAAUGAGGAACUGGCAGUCCAGCCGCCAACUAGAACACUUGAUUUUAAUCUGGUUUCUGAUUAUCAAAGCUGCAAAUACAUAACUUGAAUGUAACUGAUCCAUUCUCAUCUUCUAUUCUUUCUUCCACUAAUAAAAGAUGAUUAACCUC